AUUUUUCAUCCCUCCAACAGUUCGGUGUCAUGGCGGAAUCUGCAGAGUGUCCUGCUUUCCAGCUCGGGAGACCCCGAUACGACCAGGGUUCAUUCCUCGGCCGUCUGAGACACUUUGUUGACAUCAUUGACCCCAGCACCCUGUUUGUGUCCGAGAAACGGCUGAAAGACUGCAUCAAACUCCUCGAUGAUUAUAAACAUGGCUCGCUUCCACCUGGAGUUUCUGAUCUUCAGCUGUGGGAAGCCCAAAAGAUCAAGCAGGCCAUCAUUCAUCCUGACACAGGAGAGAAGAUCUUCAUGCCAUUUCGAAUGUCAGGUUAUGUACCAUUUGGAACACCAAUUGUCAUUGGCCUUCUUCUCCCAAAUCAGACUGUGGUGUCUACCAUUAUAUGGCAGUGGCUGAAUCAGAGUCACAAUGCCUGCGUGAACUAUGCCAACCGCAACGCCACAAAGCCUACACCAACAUCCAAGUUUCUUCAAGGCUACGUUGGAGCAGUGUCAAGUGCCGUGUCCAUCGCAGUGGGAUUGAAUGUGUUGAUUCAGAAGGCCAACAAGUUGAGUCCUGCCACCAGAAUGAUAAUACAAAGAUUUGUCCCAUUUCCAGCUGUAGCUAGUGCAAACAUUUGUAACGUGGGCCUGAUGAGACACAAUGAGCUGUCUGAAGGUAUUGAUGUGCUGGACAACAAUGGGAAUGUGGUGGGCUCCUCCAAAAUUGCUGCAAGACAUGCAAUCACGGAGACCGCCUUCACACGUGUGGUCCUCCCGAUGCCAAUCUUUGUCCUGCCCCCCAUCAUCAUGUCCUACCUAGAGAGGCUGCGAUUCCUGCAGAGCAACCGCAGAUUGUUGCUGCCCAUCCACAGCAUCGUGUGCUUGGUUACCUUCGGCCUCUCCCUGCCUGUGGCCAUCAGCCUGUUCCCCCAGAUGUCUCAGAUUGAGGUGUCUCGCCUUGAGCCGGAGAUCGCCAUGGCAACAGAUUGCAAGGUGGUGACCUACAACAAGGGUUUAUGAUGGAUGGCGUGGUGUGGGAGAGGAGAGGAGGCUGCAUUGUGAAAACCCCAGGGUCCCUCCUGUCCACAGGUUUUGGAUCAUCGUGUACCAACACAGGGUUUUUCAACCUGUUUUUAUACCCCACCAGUUGUCCAGUCAAGGUUUCCUCCGAGCUUCAAAAUCGCUGAGAUUUUUCCCCUUUCUUGCUGUGCUCAAGAGCAAGAAGGAGCUCUGUAUAUAGAAAUGAUGAUAUAUUUAAAAUCAGUUUUAUAGCAUUAAAUUUAUUUUAAUAUAUACAAUACAGUGUUUCUCACACGAAGGCUAUACUUUAUAAUUUACCAACCAAGUAUAGUUAUGGUUGUUCAAGUAUAUUUUGACCCAUUUUCACAAUGGCAAAGGUUCAUUAACACAGUUUAAACCUGCAAUACCUGAUUUUUUGGCCACUCUGGGAAGCGAAAAACAAGCUAUUACACUCACAUAUCAUCACCUUUUUAGUCUAUAUGAUGUACUUGUUAGCAAACAGUUGCCUAUUUACACAUCUAGCAGAUCCGGUGCAACAUUAGCUUUCAAUUGGAGUCAUGUUUUUAGCCAUCAGGCGAAUGUCAGUCCAGUAUUCACUCUCCUCCUUUUUUGGUCUUCAACAACUCCUGAGAAAAAUCUAUGUCUCUUUAGCUGCUAA